AUGACGUGGCACGCGUGGUCUAAGGAAAGAAGUGCCAAGUCAUCAUGUGGCAUGACCAAUUCCGCGAUUCCAUGGCGAUCGUCGUCGACGGCGCCGGCGAAGCUCCUCUUCCGCCUCCGGCGAUCUUUUCCGGCGGCACGCGUCGCCGGCGGCGGGAACGCCGCCUCGUCCUCCCUCGACGCCGAUUUCCUCCAACAGCUGCUACUGUCAGCUCCUCGCUGCUGCUUGGUAUUUCCAGUCUUCCAGAUACUAAGUUCAAGAGUGCCAUAGAGACAGCAUUGGCUGAUAGUGAAUGCUAUGAGCAAGAUAAGAGUAGUAGCCGUAUGACCUGCUUCUUGAAUAAGGCUCUGGUGAAUGUUGGAGCUGACUUGGCCAAAUUGGUUCCUGGACGGGUAUCGACAGAAGUGGAUGCUCGCUUGGCAUAUGACACGCAAGGAAUAAUUCACAGAGUGCAUGAUCUAUUGAAGCUAUACAAUGAAGUAGAGGUCUCAUCUCAGCGUCUACUCUUUAAAAUUCCUUCAACUUGGCAAGGGAUAGAGGCCUCAAGGUUGCUUGAGUCCGAGGGAAUACAAACACACUUGACAUUUGUUUAUAGUUUUGCUCAGGCUGCAGCUGCAGCUCAAGCUGGUGCUUCUGUUAUCCAGAUAUUUGUUGGCCGCAUUAGGGAUUGGGCCCGCAAUCAUUCUGGUGAUCCUGAGAUAGAGGCUGCUUUGAAAAAUGGAGAAGAUCCUGGGUUGGCUCUGGUGAAGAAAACAUACAACUACAUUCACAAAUAUGGGCACAAAUCAAAGCUGAUGGCUGCAGCAGUUCGCAACAAACAAGAUGUAUUUAGCCUCCUUGGGAUCGACUACAUAAUUGCACCUCUGAAGGUGCUGCAGUCUCUGAAAGAAUCCAUCACCUCUCCUGAUGAGAAGUAUUCAUUUGUUCAGAGGUUGUCUCCUCGCUCGGCGAAAAUGUACAACUUCACUGAAGAAGAGCUUGUGAAGUGGGACCAACUGAGCUUCGCAGCCGCGUUAGGGCCUGCAGCGGAAGAGCUUCUUGCCACCGGGCUCGAAGGGUACGUCAAUCAAACCGCACGCGUGGAAGAGCUCUUCGGGAAGAUAUGGCCCCCUCCCAAUGUUUAAAAUCUUUCGACCUGCAGGUGCGGCUUCUUUCUAUCAGCAAUGAAUAAAGCAGCAGUCGAGAGCCUUUUUCCGCUUCUGUCAUCCGCAAUCUCUCUUUCCAUUUUGCUUGGUUAAAAGUAGGAUUUAUGUGCUUCUUUGGUUGUGGCAUUGAGAGAACUUGGGCACUUUGUAUGCAUGCACGAUAAACCGGUGCUCCGAGUGCUUAAUUUAAGUGCUUUUCCUUUUUCUUGUAUAAUCCUGUUUUGCCGGGAUCAGAUCGCAGCUGCAUGUGAACAUGCUAAAGCAUGUCGAGAUUCAUCGGUGAUAUGUAGAUCAAUGCAUUACCAGCCCCCAGUAUCAAAUUUGCGUGUCUAUUAAAACUAGUGCAUCGUAAGAUCUACAAA